AUGGAUAGUAAUUUAGGAAUAAUUUUCAAUUAAACUCUCAAUACAAAUUGUUAAUAACUAUCUUAUAUUUACGAAUAGGCAAAUUCAUUUCAAAGAAGACAGCAUUUUUCUUCUCAUAAUUUCCAACAAAUUAUCAACUCGAGGUAUAAACUCUUCUUUUAUAUUUAGGCUCUGUUAUUUUAAUCCCCCAGAGAAUAUAAAUAGAUAUUUAAACUUCUUCUCAGUUAAAAUAGAUGAAUAUAAUAUAUCUUUAGCUUGCACAAUCUAAUUUUCUACUCAAGAAGUAGAUAUGCAAAAUAAGAUAAGAAAUUUAGGCAUUUCUAUAAUAAAUAUUUAAUACCUAUUUUACAACAUUAAUAACAAUUGA